AUGGCGCGCACUCCGUGUCCGCAGGCGCGUCCGGUACGACAGACGCGUCCGCUGCGUCGGGCGGCUCUGUGUCGACGCUGGGGCCUCCACGAUCCACGGGAACGUCAACGUGCACCUGGACCUGAACACGAACGCGCUGAGCGUGGACAGCUGCACCACCAGACGGAGAUCGAGGUGACAGUGGCCAAGUGCGACCCGCACGCGCUGUUCAAGAGCCACGCGGCGCCGUCCAGCAACCGGAACACGCUCCUCUGGGACAUUGGCGACGUGGGGGCGGGCUGGAAGCCUCGAGUUGCCCCAGCGCUGUUGGUGCUGCUGCUGCCCGCGUGGGAGAAGGUGUUCGUGUCGGGUGGCGCUGAGUUGUUCCACCGCCUGGCUGGCGGCCAGCACCGCGGUUGCAUUGUGGACUGGACUCCAGAUCUUCCCGCCGUUUGCUCGCCCAGGAUGCUGCGUCGCUCGGGGACUGCUGAAGAGUCUCACAGUAGCGGCGACGGCGGCGACGUGGGCACGGGAUACCGCGACAGCGCCACCUUGUCCUCAGAAGACUUGGCGGAGGAGCACGAAGCUGCUCCACCAGCGCUGUGA